UCAAUAUACAGCCAUACAGGCAAACAGCAGCUCGGAAAAACCCCCCUGUGAAAACUUUGACAAACUCCGAGUAAAACUUUCAGUAGCAAAGAGUUCUUCUCCGUAUUCGCUAAAUUGCCCGGGAGUAAGAAGAGGAGGAUAUGAGAUAUGGAAACCAAGAUUGAGGAAGACACUCCUUGCUCUUCUUUUGUCGUUGAAUCAAUUGUUCGUGUUGGAACCGCAGGGGCACUCUGGGGUUUGUGUUCUGGACCAUCUGAGGCUACCAAAUUAGGUCUUGCUGGGUUUGCUCGGGCCUCGUUUUUGGCGAAAUCAAUUGGUGUAAAUAGCGUUCAAUGUGGAAUUUUUUCUGGGAUUUUUACUGUGGCUCGCUGUGGUAUCCAAACUUAUCGAGGGCGUGCAGACGCGGUUAAUGCUGCAGGUGCAGGUGCUAUAGUUGGAGCUGCUAUUGCUGUUGGGACUCGUAGCAAGAAGGAGAUUGCUGGGAUGGCUGCCCUUCUUUCCAUUCUAGGAGCUGCAGCUGAUUAUUCCAGGACUUUGUGAUUUUGACAUUAUCUUUCUGAGGAAGUCGGAGGACUAAGGUUGAAUUGACAAUCUACUUUUUUUUUUGUCUUUUAUUUUCAGUUUGCCCAUAUGGUUACAUGAUUGCUUUCUUGUUGAAGUGAUUAAUUUUGAUUCUAGGUUCUUGCAUAGAUCAGUUAAUCUGUUAACACUUAACACUAGAGUAUGAGUCAAGGUGAUUAUACAGAUAUGCUUGUAUCGAAUGAGUUAAGACAGCCAUAUGUGGCGGUUUGCCUGUUCCCCAAAAGAAUAUAUUGUCUGUUACAAGUGUUUGGUGCUACUUUCA